GCAACUGUUUUUAAAUCGCUCCCGUGGUCGUUAGCGUCGCCAUUGAAGCGCAUCGCCGUGUUGCCGAACGAGGUGAACGGCGAGAAUGUUCCCGCCGAACGAAUGAGCGUUACAAAACCCCUCACAAGACGUCAACACCGCUUCAUCGCGACGUUUUAUUGAUUUACGAGCCAACCUACGUACGUCUAAUAACGCGGCCGGCUCAGGUGUAGAAUCAAUAAUGGAUGUUGUUUCCAUCGGAGCUGACAGGUUGCGGGUCACGUGACGCCGUCUGUGUAGUGGAUCCACUAAGCUCAGCUCAGCCAAUCGGUGGGGGGCGUGGCCUUUGCAUGUACCUGGCAGGUGACGUCACCAAGGAACACAUUAUUAUAACACUCAUUAUUUUCAGAGAACCGCAGUGCAAAGAAAAUAACUACAACUAAAACGAAAGUGAGUGUGAAUUGGUUGUCUCCAUGUGUCCUGCGAUUGGCCGGCGACCAGUUCAGGGUGCGCCCCGCAUCCUCACGGGCCGAAUUGGACACCCUGAUGGUCUGGUUCUGGGCCACGGGCUUGACGCUGCACCCCGUCGCCAUGGUGACCAAAAAAGUCCGAACGGAGUACAUGAAGAAGUUCCGGGAGCCCAAGUGGGAGACCUUCUCCAAAUGCUAUGAGGACUCGCUCAAGUACCGCCUGACCCGGCGGGUUAUGGAGCACUCGCAUAAGCCCUGGUUCUGGGAGGGCUGGGAGGCCGGGUCCGUGCUGUCCAGCGGCUGGUCCACGCCGAGGUCCGCGCCCCGGCCCGGAAGCAACAGGGUGGCGCCGUCGCCCGCCGCGGACGAGCCGAGGGCCAGUCCCGAUGCCAGGCCGCCGUCGGACCGGGGGGAGGAGGAGGCGGCAACCGAAGUGGCUGAGGUCGAUCCUGCAGAACCAGAAGGUGAUAAAACUGAAUGUGCCCGGACGGCAAACGUCACCUCUUCUCCUGUAAACAUCAACGGCGCCACUGACGAGUUGGACACUGACGGCGGUCCGCAGGACUCGCCGGACUCCAACGGGGAUCCCGGCCAGCCCGCGCCCACACAGAAGCGGCGGCGCCGCCGCCUUCCCCGCUCGAAGCAGAGUGUUCAAGACGCCGAUGGCAAACCUCAGCGGGCCAAGAGCCAACCGCCGUCAGGAGGUAGCACGGACGACCCGUGGACCCGCUGCAACGACGCACAUUCCAGGAAAGCCACGACGCCCGCCAACAGCGAGCGCUGCAACGCGUGCGUCCAGACCACAACGCGUCCCCCCGACAAGCGCUCGGCCGCCUCGGAUCGUCGACGCGCUCGGUCGGCGGACCUGGACAAGCUGAGGGAGUCGCCGCGGAGUCAGGUGACGGCGGCGGACGAGCGCUGGGUGACGGAGUACAUGCGCUGCUUCUCCGCGCGGCUCAGGUAGAGCAGGCCACGCCUCUGAAAAAAAAAAUUAAAAAUACUGUCAAUUGGAGGUCAUGUGUUUGGAUGGAACUGUCUGAGCAGGAACUUGUCUUUUUCAAAAAGUCUGAAGCACAUUCGUACUCCAGUUUCCUCCCACAUCCCCAAAACAGACACGUGGUGGGUUAAUUGAAGACUCGAAAUUGCCCAAAGGUGUGAUUGCGACUGUUGUUUGUCUCUAUGUGCCCUGUGAUUGGCUGGCAACUAGUUUCAGGGUGUACCUCGCCUCCUGCCCCUUGACAACUGGGAUAGGCUCAAGUACUCCCGCGACCCUUGUGAGGAUAAGCGGCUCAGAAAAUUGAUUUAAUUUUUAUUACUGUGCUAAUUUUUAGAGGGAAAUUCAAUAAAAAUCAGUUUAAAAAUAGCCACAUACUGUAGGUAUUAAAGAUAACCAAUUUGGUAUUAGUUAUUAAUAAAAGGAUUAUCACUAUAUAGAUUUACUGCAUUUAUUUAUUAUUAAGAGGAAAUUUUAUUCACACAAAGUCCCUGAAUAACAUUUAAAAAGAACAUGGGAAGAAUUUAAAAAUAUAUAUUUUUGUAUUGUACAAUUUAAAAUCAAGAGCAAUAAAUAAUUGACAUAUAUAUUACAAUGGUUUUAAAAAAAGAUAUUGUACUCCUGAUUCUAUGAUGGAAAUUUAAAUUAGUAUAUCUUUUUUUUUUGUGUGUGCAAAUUUUAAUCCCUGAAGUGAAAAUUGUGUGCGCACUGAUGCUGCCGUCCAAACUAUGCAAACACACCUCGAAUAUGCUGGACUCAUUUAUGAAUCAUGAUUGUGUGACGAGACUACUGUAUUGUACUAUUUAUGCACUGCAUAUUUAAUGUUUUAGAUGUGAACUUACAAGGUCACGUUGGUAAAAAGCUUUUAACUGAAAGUACUGCGAAUGAUCACUUCAUGUAAAUGUAAAGAAUGUUUCUAACAACACAUGAAAUAUUUAAAAAAAAAAAAAAAAUUGCAUGUCCAUUUGGACAGUUUGUACUCGUGGUGAGCGCGAAUGUGGCACCAAUAACCGAACAGGGAAUACACCCCCCACACUCAUGUUUA